AUGACCGAGACCCUUGAUGUAAUUGUGUCUUUCAACCCUAACAAGCACCUCUUCUUCGUUUUUCUUCUUUGCUCUCCUUCUUCUUCAACUGCCAUGACAGAACCCACUCUCGCAUUGGGUUCCUCUCAUGAAUCCCCACCACCCCCAUCUUCUGAGAUAGGGCUUUCCAAUAUUCUUUCUGGAAUCUCUGAUGAUGCUUAUUCUCCUUUCCCAUAUUAUAUUCACCGUUCGGAUAGUCCUGGGACUGUUCUUGUAUCAAAAGUUCAUACUGGCGACAACUAUUACAACUGGUCGUGUGCUAUGCUUAUGACUUUGAAUGCCAAAAAAAAAUUGGGUUUCAUAGAUGACAUUUUUAACAGCAUCAACAAUGGUGUUUCAGCACAUGAUGAUUGGUUUGAACUGCGAGAACGAUUUUCUCAAAGCCAAGCAUCGAGAAUUUUUGAAUUGUCUCGCUGCAUUGCCACUCUGCAGCAUGACAAUUCUUCUAUUCUCACAUACUUUAGUAAGCUCAAAUCCUACUGGGAUGAGCUUUCAUAUAUCUCUGCUAUUCCACCAUGUUCCUGCGGCGCCUCUAAAUCUACAACUUAUGAACACCAACAACGGUUGAUGCAAUUUCUUAUGGGUCUCAAUGAUUCAUACAACUAG